CCAGACCUCUGGGUAGCGGGCUGCCGUGAACCUGCUCCAUCUCCGUCUCCCCACAACUUAAACCAGCAGCAGGAUACCCAUUAUGAAUAAAAAGUGAAAGGAUCUGUUGCCGCACGUUUGUCUCCCGGAUCAGUUUGGUGAUGAUGAACAAGUGUUUCCUGAGGACCUGAUAGAAGACUGGAUGUGGUUGUAACUAUGGAUACGUCAGGGUGGGGGGCGCGGGCCCUCUCCCCCUGUGGCCUCGUGCUGGUCAUCUGUGCGUCUGUGUGUCUGUCCCAGCAGCCUCACGUCAAACCAGCAGAGUGUGGCAGAAAGGAGCAUCCUGUUGUCUCUUACCAAGCGCUGAGGCCGUGGAUGUCAGAGUUCUCCCAUCCAGGAGUGAAGGAUUUCUCCCAGCUGGCUCUGGACCUGAGCAGAAACCAGCUCAUUGUGGGAGCAAGAAACUUCCUCUUCACACUGAGUUUGAGCAACGCCUCGCUCAUACAGGCGACAGAAUGGGCACCCGAUGAAGACACAAAGCGCUCGUGUCAGAGCAAGGGGAAGUCGGAGGAGGAGUGUCAAAACUACAUCCGGGUUCUGUUGAUAAAUGGGAGGACACUCUUCACGUGUGGUACUAACGCUUUCACCCCGGUCUGCAUAACCAGGCAGAUGGGGAACAUCAGUCAGGUGUUGGACACAGUGAACGGCGUUGCCCGAUGUCCCUAUGACCCGCGGCACAACUCCACCGCCAUGGUAACAGAGAAGGGCGAGUUGUAUGCUGCGACGGUGAUCGACUUCUCGGGACGCGACCCCGUCAUCUACAGGAGCCUGGGGAACAUGCCGCCUCUGCGCACCGCCCAGUACAACUCCAAAUGGCUCAACGAGCCUCAUUUCGUGUCCGUUUAUGAGAUUGGUCGGUUUGCCUACUUCUUCCUGAGAGAAACAGCAGUUGAGAACGACUGUGGGAAGAUAGUGUUCUCUCGCGUGGCGCGGGUCUGUAAGAACGACAUGGGCGGACGUUUCCUUUUGGAGGACACGUGGACCACCUUCAUGAAGGCCCGACUCAACUGCUCGCGCUCAGGAGAAAUCCCCUUUUACUACAACGAGCUGCAGAGCACCUUUUCCCUCCCAGAGCAGGACCUGAUCUUCGGUAUCUUCACCACUAAUGUGAACAGUAUAUCUGCUUCUGCUGUGUGUGCCUUCAAUCUGAGCUCCAUCACGCAGGCCUUCAAUGGACCCUUUCGCUACCAGGAGAACCCCCGCACUGCCUGGCUCUCCACCCCAAACCCCACACCCAAUUUUCAGUGUGGCACACUGGAGGAGGGAGGCCCCGGGGGGAACCUGACAGAGCGCAGCCUCCAGGACGCCCAGCGCCUCUUCCUCAUGAAUGAUGUGGUCCAGCCGAUCACCAUCAACCCGCUGCUCACCCAGGACAACCUGCGCUUCUCCAAGCUGGUGGUGGACAUUGUGCAGGGUCGAGACAGCCUCUACCAUGUCAUGUACAUCGGCACUGAAUACGGCACCAUCCUGAAGGUUCUCUCCACAACAAAUAAAAGCCUUCAAGGCUGCUACCUUGAGGAGCUCAGGCUCCUCCCUCAAGGGAAAAUGGGACCAAUCAAGAGCCUGCAAAUCCUCCACAGUGACAGAUCUUUGAUCGUAGGGCUUGAUGACAGACUGGUGAAGAUCCCAUUAGAGCGCUGCUCCAGCUAUCCGACUGAAAGUAACUGCAUGGAAGCUCGGGACCCUUACUGUGGCUGGGAUCACAAACAGAAGCGCUGCACCACCAUUGAGGAGAGCUCCAACAUGAACCAGUGGACCCAAAACAUCACUGAGUGCCCAGUGAGGAACCUGACACAGGAUGGCGGUUUUGGUUCUUGGGCUCCAUGGCAACCUUGUAACCACGAUGACGGCGAGGGCUCCAUCAGCAGCUGCGUGUGUCGGUCCCGCUUGUGUGACGGACCUCUGGCACAAUGUGGUGGGGUGGAGUGUACAGGCCCGACGAUCCAGGUGGCAAACUGUUCCAGGAAUGGCGGCUGGACUCCCUGGUCUUCGUGGGGUCAGUGCAGCAGCAGCUGUGCUAUCGGAUUUGAAGUGAGGCAGCGCUCCUGCAACAACCCCUCGCCUCGCCACGGUGGUCGAAUCUGUGUAGGCCAGGGUCGAGAAGAGAGGCUGUGCAAUGAGAAGAAGCCCUGUCCCCUGCCAGUGCUGUGGACAGCGUGGGGCCCCUGGGCUCACUGCAGUGCUGAAUGUGGAGGCGGGGUCCACUCCAGGACCAGAACCUGUGAGAAUGGAAACAGCUGUCCUGGAUGUUCCAUGGAGUAUAAGGCGUGUAACCUGGAGGCCUGCCCUGAGGUGCGCCGCAAUACCCCCUGGACCCCCUGGAUGCCGGUCAACGUCAGUCAAGAUGGGUCAAGGCAAGAGCAGAGAUUCCGGUACACCUGCCGGGCGCUGCUCCCCGACCCCCAGCAGCUCCAGCUGGGCAAGAAGAAGAUGGAGACCCGGUUCUGCCCCAAUGACGGAUCUGGAGCCUGCCAGACUGACUCUCUGGUUGAAGACUUGGUAAAGACAAGCAGGCAAACUCUGUCCCAGCCCCAAGGUGUGCGCUGGGGAUCGUGGGAAACGUGGUCCAGCUGUUCUCAGCAGUGUUCCAGAGGCUUUCGAACCCGGAAACGUAGCUGCUCCACCGCGGAGGGCAGGACGAACCCCAGCGCCUGCGUAGGAUCCCCCGUGGAGUAUCAGGACUGCAACACUCAACCGUGUCCAGUGAGUGGAGCCUGGUCCUGCUGGUCCUCCUGGUCCCAGUGCUCGGCCAGCUGUGGGGGCGGACACUACCAGCGCACUCGGACGUGCAGCAACCCUCCCCCUGCCAGUGGAGGAGACAUCUGUAUAGGCCUGCACACUGAAGAGGCCCUCUGCAAUACACAUGCCUGUGAAGAUUGGGGUGAAUGGACAGUUUGGGGGGACUGUGAUGAGCAGGGUCUGCAGCACCGCACUCGUCGCUGUGGUGAGGACCCGGGGGCAGAGGCCGGUCCCUGCCAGGGUAACAUCACUCAGUCCAGGCCUUGCCAGCCUCAUGAGGUGCCAGUUAUUUUACCUGGACAGGAGGAGCAGAGCUGUGGAACCUUUACUUUGUUCCAGUUAGUAGCUGUGGGCUCAGCCAGUUUCUUUGCAGCAGCGUUACUGUCAGCACUGGCCUACAGCUACUGCCACCAACUGAACCGACCAUCAGCAGAGUCAGCGGUCAUCCACCCCAGCACACCCAACCACCUCACCUACAACAAGCAGGGCAACACCACGCCAAAGAAUGAGAAGUACAUCCCCAUGGAGUUUAAGACGCUAAACAAGAACAAUCUCCACGUGAACGACGAGACGUGCAACCACUUCCCCUCCCCGCUGCCCGCCAGCAAUAUGUUCGCCACCACCUACUACCCUCCCAGCCUGAGCAAGUACGACUUCCAUCCAGAAUCCCCCUGCAGGACCUACAUGCACAGCUGAGAGGAACCCUCUUUCACUCACCCCAAACAGCACCAUGAAGUGUUUCAAGAUUUUGAUAGAUGCUGUUGGUAAAGAUCAAAGUAAACACCAAAAUCAUUCUCUCUUAUGUGAUAUCUUGCCGUGCAUAUGGUUUCAGUUUUAUUUGCCCAGUUGUUGAGGAAUCUGAAUUUUGUUUAUGGUGCCAACAAAAAAAAAAAAAGUUAAUCAGCCCUUUGCAGAAACUGUCUGCUUAACAUCACACACAUUUUCAUGGAUGAGUUGCCACAGCAUGCAAAUAAGUUUAAGGUUUAGAGCGAACACCAUGUGCACCAUGUAAAACCAAUUACACUUUGUGUCCGACACUUUUGGUCACAUUAGCCUUCUGUCCAACAAAACCCCCAGAAAGGAAACUCAUUCUUGAAUUUAUCAAUUGUACCGGCUUAAAUAUCCAUUUGUGCUAAUGUGUUUUCCACAAAGGAGUCUUUCCGGUCUCCUAAAAGCUGUCAGGAUUGUUUUUCUUGCCCAUUCUUCAAACUAUGCUGGUAAAUGAAACCAGCACCUACAGUACAGGAUGGCUGCCCCCUCCCUCUUACUUCACCCUGAGCUGCUGUGUUUGUGCUCAGGGCAGUGUGAGAGCUCCAGGCCUUCAGGUACACUUCUUGGACAAUGUAUGUACCUGGACGUGCACCGAACUGAGAAGAGACUCAUCUGCUGGUUUUUGUUUUGGGGAUUUUCCUUUCCCUCGAGGACUCAGUAAUACUGUAAAAUAUUUAGCUUGGACACGUAAGACUGAAACAUCCUCACACUUCAUCCUUCACAGUGUGUGAACGAAGCAAGUUUAGCAGACAACCCCGAAGAAGACAUUUCUGACACGCCUCGAUACACUAUGUGCUGUACUUUGUUAAAAAUGAAAGUUUGUUGACUUUUCUGUCAGCAGAUUGUAUAAUGUUUUUGUUAGGUGUGUUCACAGCUGUUUUUAUCUGUAUCUGUAUCAUAUUAUUCGAUAUUAUGGGGCAUGUUUCUCAUAUUUUCAGAAUGUAAAUGCAUUACGGUUAUUGGUCAGAAAUCACCAAAUAUAAUUCCUGUAUUUUUCAGAGCCUCUAUCCAGAGCAUAAACCAGCCACAAACUUUUGAACUGCAGUGCCAUGCAGCAAACAGGUAACUCCAGCAGUGUGUGUCAAGCAGGUCUCAAGUGUCUGCAUGUAGUGGGAAACAAUGGCUGCUCAGAGGCAGGAGUAAAGUCUUGGAGGAAAUGUUCUGUGAGUUAGAACUUUAAGGCUUAUUUUACAUUUAAAAUAUAAAAUAUGCUAAACACUGUUCAAUUAAGGAAAGCAUGUUAUGUUCUUACAUUUCUGAAUACAAUUAAUCGUGUGACAUUUUGAAGAGAACAUUUGGCUCACACAAUGUGUCGUGUGUGUGUGUGUGUGUGUGUGUGUGUGAGGUAUCAUCACUGGUGCUUGUGGAUUAUGAAAGCAUUAUGCUCGCAGGUGUGUUACAUAUUCCCCGUGAUUUACAAAUUCGGCAAUGUCUUCUUUAGGGAUCAGUCAUUUCAAAAUAAUUUCCAAGAAGCAUCCUGAAGAAAACAAUGUACUUUGGUACAAAUGAUGGUGGAAAUAUAAACGUCCUUCAUUUAAAGCAAAGUAAAUUCAUUUAAUUAGAAUCUUUAUUCUCCAUAAAUAUUGAAUAUGCUUGAUUGUAGAUACAUUUUACAUUUUUGCAUGUUCAGCUGACCUUACAUUGAAAAUACUUAAGUAUGUCAAUCAAACACCGUCUCUGUUUUUCUUAUAACUAGUAUGAAAUGAGUUAUUCUCAGGAAACUUCUUGGAAUUGUUUCUGACAUGUAAAAUAAAACAUUUUCACAAGCUGUACUGCUAAAAAAAAAAAAAAAGAAAAAGCCCAAAGUCGUAGGCUAUUAAAACAGAACCGUAUCGCUAAUAUUUAAGUUACUCCAUGCUGCAAAA